GUGAAAACAGAGUUCGGACACCGUUCUGCAAAUACUGGAGAAACAUGGGGAACUGAAUGCGCGAAUAUUUUUCUGAAAGGAAUGAUACAAGACACAAAACUUGGAUUAUAACUUUGCUUUUCCCACAAUGGCGGAUCUAGAACAAUGGACUCAUCUAUGGACGCUGUGCUUCACUCUGCUUUGUCUAUGGAGCGGUUCUGCAGCACAGAUAUCUUAUUCCAUUUUAGAGGAGGCGGAGAAAGGGACCACGGUUGGAAAUAUCACUAAAGAUUUAAAACUGAAUUUACAGCAACUAGAAAUAACGGGGCUUCGCAUCACCUCUGCUCGUGAUAAGGAGUAUUUUGAUAUAAACAGGAAAAGUGGAAUUCUUUUUGUCAACGAAAGAAUAGACCGAGAAGAGCUUUGUCCCAAUGCGGUAAAGUGCGUUUUGAAUGUAGAAGCGAUUGUAAAUAAUCCACAUGGUUUACACAGGAUUGAGAUAGUUAUUCUUGAUAUAAAUGACAAUGUUCCGAGUUUUAUUAAAGAACUGUACACAGUUGAAAUAUUCGAAUCCUCGUAUGUUGGUGAAAAACAUCCUUUACCAGCUGCUCAUGACGCAGAUGAAGGUACUAAUUCAGUAAAGACGUAUAAAUUAAGCCCAAACGAGUAUUUCUCGUUGGAUGUGCAGGAUGCUGGUGACAAAAGCGUCACCGCUGAGCUCGUGUUGCAGAAAACACUGGAUCGAGAAAAACACUCUCUUAUUGACCUCACUUUGUCGGCUAUAGAUGGAGCAAAACCAGCUAAAACCGGAACUGUACAGCUGAAGAUUAUUGUUUUGGAUGUGAAUGAUAAUCCACCUGUAUUCAGUAAAAGCCUUUAUAAAACCCAGGUUGCUGAAAAUGCCAUUAUGGGCACAACACUGUUAACUCUGACCGCUACGGAUUUAGACGAAGGCGUCAAUGCUCAGCUUGUGUACUCGUUUGCAGAGAGUGAGCGAUUUAAUCCUGACGAAAAGUUCACUUUAAACACGAAUACUGGUGAGAUUACAGUCAACGGUGAUAUUGAUUAUGAGGAGAACCAGGCGUAUGAGAUCCGGGUUCAGGUGCGAGACAAAGGCGUGCCUCCGCGUCUCGCCCGUGGGAAAGUUUUAGUCGAGGUUAUAGAUGUAAAUGACAACGCUCCAGAAAUUUCAGUUACUUCAAUGAUGAGUCCUGUGAAGGAAGAUGCUGAAAUAGGCACGGCUGUUGCCAUGAUAACUAUUACUGACAGAGAUGGAGGAAAAAAUGGACUGACUGAUUGUAAAAUAGUGGGAGCUGCUCCAUUUAAACUAAACCGUAACUAUAAAAACUAUUAUUCCUUGUUGGUGGAUGGUCCUCUGGAUAGAGAGGCUGUGUCUGAGUAUAACAUUUCAAUUGUAGCCGCAGACGAAGGGACGCCAUCACUGUCCAGUGCCAGUGUCAUUCAGGUGAAAGUUGCGGAUGUUAAUGACAACCCGCCACGCUUUCAGGAACCUGUGAUCAAUAUUUAUGUGAAAGAGAACAGUCAGAUAGGCUCUGUCAUUUAUACGCUCACGUCGUCAGAUUUAGAUUCAACUGACAACGCCAAAGUAUCUUACAGUUUGUUAAAUAGUGGUAAAAAUAAUGUUCCCGCAUCAUCAGUCAUAAAUAUUAACUCAGACACAGGAGACAUAGUGAGUCUCCAGACUUUUAACUUUGAGGAGCUGAAAACGUUUCAGUUUAAGGUCCAGGCCACAGACUCUGGUGUCCCUCUGCUCAGCAGCAACGUGACUGUGAACGUUUUUAUUCUAGAUGAAAAUGACAAUAGCCCCACGAUCCUGGCGCCCUAUUCUGAGCACGGCUCUGUUAACAGUGAGAGCAUCCCCUAUUCCGCUGAAGCGGGCUACUUUGUGGCAAAGAUCAGGGCUGUAGACGCAGACUCUGGGUACAACGCGCUGCUUUCUUAUCACCUGACUGAGCCCAAAGGGAACAACCUGUUCCGGAUCGGGACCAGCACCGGAGAGAUCCGCACCAAGAGGAGGAUGAGUGACAAUGACCUGAAAAGUCACCCCUUGGUGGUGCUGGUGUGUGAUAACGGAGAGCCCUCCCUGUCCGCCACUGUGUCUAUUGAUGUAGUGGUGGUGGAGAGCACAGCGGACAUUCAGACUCAGUUCAGACAUGUGCCCAUAAAGGAGGACAGCUUCUCGGAUUUAAACCUGUACCUGCUCAUCGCCAUUGUGGCGGUGUCAGUCAUCUUUCUGCUCAGCCUCAUCACGUUAAUAGCAGUGAGAUGUCACAGGACAGAGAGCUCUUUCAGCAGGUACAGCGCCCCCAUGAUCACCACCCACCCUGACGGGAGCUGGUCCUACUCCAAAUCCACUCAGCAGUAUGACGUGUGCUUCAGCUCAGACACACUCAAGAGCGACGUAGUGGUUUUCCCCGCCCCGUUUCCUCCUGUAGAUGCAGAACUGAUCAGUAUUAAUGGAGGAGACACUUUCACCAGGACACAGACUUUACCCAGUACAGAGAAGCCUAAAGCUCCAAAUUCAGACUGGAGAUACUCGGCCUCCCUGAGAGCUGGAGGAGUGAUGCAGAGCUCAGUGCUUAUGGAGGAGUCAUCCGUCCUACAGGGAGCCCAGGGAGUCCUCGUUCAAAACUGGCCCACUGUAUCCAGCGCUCCAGAUGCUGAUGGAGGAGAGGUGUCUCCACCAAUGGGAGCAGGAAUAGACAGCAACAGCUGGCACUUCCGCUAUGGGCCAGGUGGGCCUGGUGCGCCACAGCUGAAGCCAGGAGAUGUACCCCCAGAGGCCUUCAUCAUCCCUGGCUCCCCAGCCAUAAUAUCCAUCAGACAGAACCAAGAUGAUGAUAAGGGGGAUUUCAUGAGUUUUGGGAAGAAAGAUGAAGCAAAGAAAAAGAAAAAGAAGAAGAAGGAGAAGAAAGAAAAAAAGGAUAAGGGGAAGGAUGAUGGGGAUGAGUGAAACAUGAACUCAGAAUGGCAGACAGACAAACAGGGUGUUGUUAAAACAGAGGUACCAAAGUCCAUGGGAUAAGAAAAUGUGAAAUAAAAUUAGCAGUUUCAUUCUUUCACAGAUAUCUUGCACACCCUGAUGAAAACUUGGCCUUACCAAGAUUGACUGUACCGUGUUUGGGGUACGCUUGAAUCUUGCCUUGAUACAAUUACACAUUUUCCUCCAUGCCCUUAUGUGCCUAUACCUCUCAUGGAGAUGAACAUCUCUUUACCUGUAGUCUGUUACAUUCACCCAUUGGGCAUGUUGGCACCUCUGUAUUAUACUCUCCCCAUCUCCAGCCUACUCUGACUUUCUGACAGGAGAAAUUUGUACAAGAAUGACUGUUGGUUUGUGCCAGCCAAGGAAGAGAAUAACAAAGACAAUUUCAGCAAAUGAGUGCAGCUGGACACACAAUGUAAAUACACAGAAAGGGACACUGGACAAGACACAACUGCCGGCCUGGUCAUUCUUCAUGGUGUUUCCUCUAUUUUCAAUGAAACACAUGUACACACAUGCAUGCUUGCCCAACUGAAACAAGCAAAUACAACACACUUUUCUGCAACUGUAAUAGAGAUGAAAUGGCUUGUAUUCUGGAGAGGAAAAUGCACUCUCCAUCUGUAAUGAAGGAGCACCAAGAAAUGGUGCAAUAGAAGAUUUUCUCCUCCUGCAGCAAAGACAUGUGCUUUCUGCUUUGAAUGUUUGGUAGCAACCAAUUCUUAACUUGAUAUCUUGUGUUUACAAGACACUUGUGCUCAAUAUGCCACAACUACUAUUCCUACAAGUACUUGCCAAGCUGGCCUCUGCUUCCAAUAAUAACAGUAUAGGGGUUUUGUUUGUUUGGUUUUUGAAAGCUUUAACAGUUCAGUGACAGCACCACUGUUUUCAAAUGAAUCUAUUCUACGAAUCUAAAUGAAUCUAUAGCUCUAUAAACUCCUGUCAGAUAGUUUAUAUUUUUUGUUACAGUUUGGAGCCAGAAUACACAGGCUUUGGUAAAGGAUGGGACAUCCCUCUCUUUACUUCAUAUUUGACUUUUAAUGUUACUGACACACUUGCCUACAAAAUAUGCAAUACAUGUCACCACACAUUUACCAACCAAAAUCCACAAUCCACAGAAAUCUCCAACAUUUAUUUAAAUUCCAGAUUUGAGUUGCCUGUGUCUUUUGCCUGGUAAAUGCUUCUUUCCACAUGCUCAACAUUUGUUGACUCAAGUAUGAUGUCACUCAGUUUGGUGGUUGCUGCAUGCGCUCUAAGGAAACACAUACUAUAUAGAUAAACACUAUAUAUAAAUAGAUAGUUUUGAUUUAUUCUUUUGUAUUUUCAUCCUUUUCAUUCAUCACUUGGGAUUACUUUGGGGCACUUCUCCCUGGCAAAAUAUCUGUGUAUUUUUUUUUCUGGUCCCACAUAACGUUUGGCAGACACGAGUAUUGCAAUAUUUGUAAAUGCUUUGGUGUGAUACCUAUCAUUGCAGGGCUUCUUUUUAAUUGUGAAAUGUUUUGAAGAAGGAAAGUAAGAAAAAAGAGAGAGAGAGAAACACUCUUGAUGAACUAACACUAAAAUAUUGUAAGUGAAAUAUGUAUGAUUAGCUAUCACUUCCCUGCCCCUCCUGAAAUAUGGGAGACUGAAUCCAAUGUAAAAAUGUAUAUGUACUGUAUGCCUGUGUUUAGUGACUUUUCACACUAAUGUGGUGGUGAACUAUGGUGGCAACGAGCUGUUCUCCAUGGACUAGCAUCGCUCUGUUGUUACUCUGCCCUCUCUUUUGUAGCUACAUCCACUCAUCAGCUGUGACAGUGAAAUAGUGAGUCUUCAAUUCCCUUUCUUUUAUUUUAUGUUUUAUUUUAACCUAUUGGGAAAUGAUGGAAAUUUGUUGGGUUAUUAAAAUAAAUCACAAA